AUGGCGACCGAGAUACUCAAAUUGAUCCUCCUUAGAUACUCAACGACGCCUAUUUCAACCGAAGAUAAAGGUAUCAUUAGACACAGUCAUGGCAGAACUAGACACAACAUUACAUUACUCUCGCAUUUCAACGGCCUUCUUGUCACUUCUCCGCCCUCAAACUCAAACAAAGACAUCACAGAAGUCUUUCCACAUACCUUGAUUGCCGAAUUGUCAAAACCUGGAAUCUUCCAGUCUGUGUACGAAGGAUAGUAAGUAUUAUCAUUUGAAAGUCACCUCAGCUGAUGCGCUGACUACCAUAUAGCGCCAUUCAUUCCGCAAAGCUCUCGGGGAAAUUUGGGGAUGAUCCUGCGUACCAAAUCGCUUACUUGUGGCUCGUGAAGGUAGAGGAAGAAGUAGAGACUCGACCACCUUUUGAUUCUCGCUAUAAGAUUCCUGUGGUGGGAGACGUCAAUGGCAAUGUAUACGAAGUAGGAGAUUCAGAAGCGACAAAUAUUAUACUCAUGCCUGGGCAAGCUCCGGGCGGCGGGAAGCGUUGGAAGGCGAACAUACCACCAGAAGCAGAAAUUGAAGCAGAUCUAGAAGGUAUGACAGAAGUGGAAUUAGAAGUAGAGCCAGAAUGGGAACCAGCAGAGAAGCCAGCAGAAGAAGACGAGGAAGUUUCGGAGGAAGAGUAG